CCAAGGUCUGUGCAUGGUGUAUGUGGACUUGGGUCAUAAAUAAGUUUACAAACAGCGCUCUCAACUGACAAAUUUGAAACCAUUAUCUUUGUAAUACUUAAAUCUUGAUUCAAAGACUGAGGUCCUGAAGUAGCAGAGGAAGCCUUACUCAACAGGAUACUUCACUGGCAGUUGUGAGCGAGCAGUCCCAGUUCUCAGACAGAACAAUGACUUGCCUGAAGUAGAUGAUGUCGGAGUUGCAACCGGUUCAAGACAGAAUGUGAAUGAGAGAACUUGUUUGGUUAUUAUUCUUCGAGGAAGUUAAGUCAGAAGAGCCAACUGCCACCAUGUUCAAGGGAAACUGUUUGAGAGAAAGUUUUAUUUUUGUACUAUUUGUCUUGAGUGUUCAUGGUGUUUUCCAUUCCUGUGUGGACGUGAAACAGAACACAAGGAACACAUCUGAUGGGGAAUACAUCCUUUAUCUGCAAUACAAUACUGGAGUUUCACUUUACUGUGCAGGUAUGAACACUAACUCCCCGAAAGAGUAUCUCACACUCAAGGCAGGGAGAAGCAACAACUCCGCAGUAUACUCUAAAGAUAAAGGAUCUGACAGCUGCGGAAGCAUGUCCCCAGCACAGGUGUACAGCCAGUGGGGGAGGACAGAGUUCACCAAGAUCAGGCUGCAUGUCGACACCUUUAGUGUAGACAUCACAGACUAUAAAUUCACCAAACAAAUCGGACCAAAUCAAAUAUGUUAUGGAUGUGCUGGGGACAGCUUCUCUAGUUCCUUCAACUGUACACCACAUGGAAACUUCAAGAUUGACUUGUCUGACACACCAUUUGUUGUGAGUCCAGACGUCCAGUGGACCUGGACUGGACAGUACAGCAAGCCCGGUCCCGUCCAGGGACAAGCCUUCAUUGCCAACUACACUUACAUUGGAUGCUUCAUAGAUGCGCAUGUCCGUCUGCUGCCAUCAGCAUUCAUAAGAUCGUCCACCUUGACACCUGAUGUCUGCGUCAGUCACUGCAAACAGCACAGCUACCGGUAUGCUGGAGUCGAGUACACUGAUGAGUGUUACUGUGGAGACAGCCACACCCGCUAUGCCUUAGCAUCUAAGGAGACGGAAUGUAACUCCAAGUGUAAGGGAGACUUUGCCCAGACCUGCGGGGGUGCCUACAGGAUCUCGGUAUAUGCUACAGCACAGGACCAGAUAACCCAAGGAAGCUGUGGGGGGGAUGCCUGGAUCAUGUAUUCCUGCCCUCAAGUCAUCACCAUCAGUCAAAGCCCUCAAACUGGCACUUGUCAGCAAACACCCAUGCCUCAAGAUACAAGAAAUAUUUUGUUUAGUGGUGCAUGUCACAAUGAGGCUUCUUGCGUGGCGACGUCAGAGAUGGUCUUCAAGUGUAUCUGCCCGAAGGGGUACGUUGGACCACGCUGCGAUCAGCUGCAAUCCUUCAUCAAUGUGGAUGGGUCGGACUGCCCUGCCGGGAUGCAGCCUGAACAGUGUUCCUGUUCUUCCACGUGUUCUGGAGCUCGCUUUGAGGCCGACAGCUGCACCACAUCAUCAGGGAAGCCACAAGUAACAUGUCGCUAUGGUGACCCAGGCUUUGUCUUCCUGUACAACCAAGCACCAACUGGGACGUCCAAGCAGACGGUAAUAUGCCCUGUGGGCUCCGAUAUUGUAGGCUGCUCUGUCUGGGACAGUAACAAGCACAACCAUGGACAGGGUGCAGGAACAAUGGAUGUCGCCAACAGGAAGUGCUCAAUCUCAGGCUGCAGCUCAUGUACAGUGCAAGCAAGGUGUAAACAGUACCUGUGUGGGUGUUUGAAUGGCGGCACGUGCAGCAAGGUGACAGGGACGUGUAGCUGUCCUGUGGCCUACUUCGGUGACCACUGUGAAUUGUUUGACUACUGCAGCUACUACGAGGACCACAACAACAGGAGUGCAUGUGGAGCAGGCACCUGUAUGGCCGUGCCAGAGAAAUCAGUCCACACCUAUGGAGGUGACAAUGCUGGAGACCAUUGUCUUUUCCCCUUCACCUACACAGGGCUCACAUUCAGCUCUUGUAUCAACAGCAACCAGGUUGGACCACCCUUUGCAUGUGGAGCUAAGUUUGACGGAUACAAUGACUAUAUUGAUCUGGGACAAUGGAACCCUGGGACAGUCUACACUAUAGCAGCAUGGUUGUACCCAACAAUUUCAGACUCACGGAGGAGGACUAUUGUUGGUGGAGUGUCUGCGUGUCGUGACUUCGGUCUGGCAAUGCAGAGCGGCAAGUUCUUAGCCUACUACUACCCUACUUCUGGGAGGCACUGCACCACGUCUCUGCUUGCUCCAACUCCCUACACUAUGGGGAAAUGGUAUCUCCUAGCUGUUGCCAACAAUGGAACUAACACAUUUCUCUACCUGAACGGCAAGCAGAUCAACACUGUUCAGAAUCUCCCAUAUUCACUACCGACGACGCUUGGCUUCAGGAUCGGUAACUCCUACUGCUGCAAACAGGAAACCUUCAAGGGGAUGAUCAAGUCGGUGAAGGUCUGGAAACGAAGCCUAGGCAUCGAGGCGAUCACAGAGAGCAUGAGUGUGACCGGCAGUGUCAACUCUACAAUUGAGGCAAGAUAUAAUGGACUUGUGGCACACUAUGAGCUCGGACAGGGCAUCAAGGUGCCGUGUAAUGGCAUCGACCACGGCGGUGAUGACUGGACGGUAGCCCAAAGUGACAUUCUGUCUGGUACUCACUGCAAUGUAAGUGAGUUCGUCAUACCAAAGGGAGUGACAGCCUACAUCAAGAAAUAUGAUGGAACAUCUGGGGGCAUCUUUGAAGUGUACUCUGAAAGUAUACAGAUUGACGGCUACCUGAAUGGGAUGGGUGCUGGUUACCGAGGAGCAGCACGGGGGGCAUCCUUCCCCUCACAAGAUGGCAUGCAGGGAGAAUCCAUAAAUGGAGCGGGCACAAGAAGCACAGCAGCCAACAAGGGAGGUGGUGGUGGUGGCAAUGGCGGCCAUAUUGACUCCCAGGGAUAUGGCCGACCAGGGGCUGGAGGAGGGUAUGGGACUGCAGGAAAGGGCCCGGUGAAGAGAUCUAAUGGUGGCAGUGGCUGGAGUUCUGGUGGCACAGUGUACGGAGACACAGCAAUGUCCAAAGUAUACAUGGGGUCAGGAGGAGGAAGUGGGGGCAAUGCCAAGGACCUCAGUCACACACCUCCAGGUGGCCGUGGGGGUAACGGCGGAGCUGCUAUAGUGCUGUAUUCAACCGGCAACAUCCAAGUCACUGGUUCCAUCUCAGUGGCCGGGGAGACUGGACAGGGAGACAGCUUCACUCAAACUGGUUGUAAUGGAUGCCCUGCAUCAUGCAAAGCCUCCAACCCGAAGAACUGCGUAGGCAGCAGCACAAGUGCAUGCUGGGACAUGUCUGGUCCAGGAGGUGGCGGCAGUGGCGGCAGUCUUUACAUGACAGGAAAUGUUGUUGAUGUUGGUCACAACCGGCUGUGGGCCAGUGGAGGGCGGGGGGGAUAUGGUGGAGUGGGGGGCUGUGGAGGAGAUGGAGGAGUGGGCAGAAUUCAGAUCAACGCUGUCAUCUUUAAAGGCCACACCUCCUCAGUCUAUGGGCACAUCAACACCAACAAUGCAACCAAGCAGUAUAUAGAUUACAGCAUUACAGGACAGAAAAUGAUUGACCCGACAAGCACUGUGAUUGGAAAUGAAAUAUACCGGGGAUGCUUCCUUGAUAGCACACAUAGUCGUCACUUUGUCUAUACGAUGCCCCUGACUAAACAGGAGACAGCACAGCUCACUCCUGACGUCUGUAUAGCAAUGUGCAGACUAAAGGGUUACAGCGUUUCUGGAGUUGAGUAUGGACAUGAGUGUUACUGUGACAACAACUUUAACUGGGGCUUGAAGAAACCUGACAGUGACUGCAACAUGCCAUGUCAGGGGGACCCCCAUCAGCUCUGUGGUGCCGCGUUUCGCCUGGCAGUGUAUGGCCCACGACCCUACAUCCCGGGGCAGGGUCAGAAUGGCGUGGCGUCCUCCUGCCAACCCUGGUGUGCCACAGCAGACGCCUUCUCCAGUCAGCCCAAGUGGGGAGUGUGUGAUCUGAGGAGUCUGACGUCCACCUCAUGGAAUGUCCACUGUGAAUGUCCAGCAGGCUUCACGGGCUCAGCAUGUGACCAGGUUUGCACCAAUAACACAUGGGGAAUCAACUGCCGCAAUCCCUGUAACUGCAACAUGACCAACAUCAUCAACUGCAACAGCAACGAUGGACAGUGUAACUGUAAGCCUGGAUUCAGUGGGGCUCAGUGUAACCAGGUCUGUCCAAACGGAACCUUUGGGGACAACUGCCAAGGAAAGUGUGAUUGUCUGGAGACAGCAACAUGUGAUUCUCGUACAGGAACUUGCAUGUGCAAGGCGGGAUGGUCAGGCCCCCGGUGUAACAUUCCAUGCACCCCGGGGUUAUAUGGCAUCAACUGUACCCAGCAGUGUACCUGUCACCACGGCUCCUGCUCCCCGGAAGAUGGCACCUGCGACUGUGACUCCGGAUACAUGCUGCCUUACUGUGCGGAGACUUGUGAUCCUGGGACCUAUGGCCCGAGCUGUCUGUUCUUCUGUGACUGUAACGAGCAGGACUGUGACUACCAGACUGGCGUGUGUCAGUGUGGACCAGGGCUUCUGGGGGACAAGUGCGAGAGGCGUUGUCCCCAUGGCAAGUUUGGUCAGAAGUGUGCCCAGUCCUGCUCCUGUCAGCAGAACGCUGGCUGUGAUGCUGUCACAGGGAUGUGUCAGUGUCCCCCAGGCUAUGUAGGGUCCGACUGUGGCACCAAGUGUACAACAUGGAAAUAUGGGCAGAAUUGCCUCCAGGACUGUCCGUGUGUACAAGCCAACACAGUCUCUUGUGACUUUGAUUUGGGCAGAUGUCACUGCAAGCCAGGUUUCAGGGGAAGUAACUGCAGUUCGCCAUGUGCCACAGGCUACUAUGGUGCUGGCUGCCAGCAGACGUGUGCCUGUUCGGGAGGAUCUCCAUGUGACCCGGGUGGCGCCUGCACGUGUCCCAAGGGGCUGUGGGGGUCAGGCUGCAGCAGUUCUUGUAACUGUGUCCAUGGGGGAUGUAACUCUCAGUCAGGAGCAUGUGUCUGUGAUCCUGGCUGGAGGGGCGCCAAGUGUCAGACCAAGUGUACCACGGGAACCUACGGAGUGAACUGUGCCAGUCGGUGUAAAUGUGUCAACUCCAUGUGUGAUGCAGCAGAUGGCUCUUGCAGCUGCUCAGAUGGAUUCACAGGACCAACCUGUUCCAUGUCCUGUCCGAAAGGCUCCUUCGGACCCAACUGCCAGCUGCCAUGCCCAUCCUGUGGGUCCCGGUCCUAUGGUUGUGAUCCUGUGACCGGUAUCUGCCAGUGUUCCACAGGCUAUUCUGGACUGUCAUGUGACCAGCCGUGUCCACAGGGGAAAUAUGGUGACCAAUGUAGUAAAACAUGCAACUGCCUGAAUGGUCUUUGUGACACGGUCACUGGGAACUGCACAUGCAACGCUGGUUUCACGGGGGCUGCAUGUGACCAGGCGUGUCCUGCUGGAAAAUGGGGCAGCAACUGUAUAAACUCUUGUGACUGCGGAACACACUCAACUCACUGUGACCAAAAUAUGGGGUUCUGUAUCUGCAAUCCAGGCUUCCAGGGCGUGAAAUGCCGACAGAGCUGUGACCCUGGCUACUAUGGUGCCAACUGCUCCCUUACAUGCUCCUGUGUCGGAGGCCAGUCUCGCUGUAGCCCUCUUGACGGGUCCUGUGAGUGUACUCCUGGAUACCAGGGGCCUACAUGUAGUCAGUCAUGCCCAGUUGGGAAGUGGGGCAAAGGGUGUACCCAGGACUGUGAGUGUUCCAACCGAGGCAACUGCAGCGUCACCACUGGCGUCUGUGACUGUGCUCCAGGCUACGCCGGCACAAGUUGUGAUAAACCAUGUAAGCAAGAUGUGUUCUGGGGUAAGCACUGUGCGAACCAGUGCAACUGUAAUGGCCACCAUUGUGAUCAUGUCACUGGGUUAUGUGAUUGCCCUGCAGGGAAGACUGGAGCUAACUGUCAACAGGACUGCGAUGGGAACCACUUUGGCCUGCAGUGUGCCCAGACGUGCCAGUGUAAGAAUGGCGCUGCAUGUGACCCAGUCUCUGGUACCUGCCACUGUCCACAAGGCUGGUCCGGUGACAACUGCAACCAGAAGUGCCCCCAAGGACGCUAUGGUGAUGGAUGUACAAUGACCUGUAGCUGUAUGAACGGUGCAUCAUGUGACAGCUUGACAGGAGUGUGCCAUUGCGCUGCCGGGUACAUGGGCACCUCCUGCACAGAAACAUGCCAUAGAGGGACGUGGGGUGAAGGCUGCAAUCAGAUGUGUUCGUCUCUGUGUAAUGCCGGCUGCCUCGCUGACACCGGAGUCUGUAGGUGCCAGACUUGGACAUGUCAGAAUGGAGGAACGUGUGGCAGUGAUGGUCACUGCAAGUGUGCCCUGGGCUGGACAGGAGACAACUGCAUGACGGGUCAAGGACGGGAUUUGAGGAGCAGCCAAAACAAAUUUGAUUUCUCCUUAACUAUUGGCCAGGUGGUCGGUAUUGUCAUUGCUUUCCUCGUUGUACUGGUGGCAUCUGUUAUAGGGAUGGCAUUCUACAUGAGGCGACGAACACUCAAGAAUGCUCCAGCUUCUCCAGUCGAAUACAAAGACGAUCAGGUGAAAGUGUUGUCACGAGAUGAGGGUGGCGGGUUUUCAAAUCCUAACUUCGGUCAGUCCAAUGAAGACAUCAUCAUGGAGUCACGACAGGAAAUAGACCAUGUAGACAGCCAAGCAUAAGAUGCACAGAAUUCAAAAUAUGUCAUUGCACAGAUCAUGUCCAUUGUGUAUUACAAUUAAGGAGAUACCAACAGUGUCACAAACACAGCCAAACAUCAAGGUAUAAAGAUAUUAAUUCACUUGCAUCUGCUUAUAGGACGUUGUUCUGCUUUCAUGUACCGAAGAUGACAUUGAUUUCUUGGUCAUGACCAUUCAGAUGUAUGCCAUCAUGACGUCAUAUGCGUAACAAACUGUCGAGUUCUUGUUUGCUGAAUUCCAAUGCAUGUCUCUAAAUUCUAAUAUUAUCCAUAUCAAAGUUCUUUGAUUUGUAUAAAUAGGUAAAUUUGCAAAUAUUGUGUAUCUUGUCAGUUUGUAUAUAUUUGCUGGCAGUAUGAAUAGGUGCAUAAAUGCAUUCAUUUCCUUGUACAUUUUCAUUGAUGAUUAAAAUAUAUUGGUGUAUUA